CCUUAGUGGAGGGUAGAGGAAUUAUUGAGGUAUGGCUGAAGAUGGAGGUCAAGAUCUGAUUACGCUAACAACUGACAAGCUUUCUGCUGAUGCUGUUUCUGAAUCUGUAACGUGUGCCUCCUGUGGAGCUAUUUCUCUGUUUAUUGGGACUACCAGAGAUAAUUUUGAGGGCAAGAAUGUGAUACGGCUUGAAUAUGAAGCGUACAUUCCAAUGGCAGAAUCAGAACUGAAGAAAAUCUGCAGUGACAUCAGGACAAAAUGGCCAAGUGUCAGGCAUAUCAGCAUACAACACAGACUUGGUGUGGUUCCUAUAACAGAAGCGAGUGUUAUAAUCGGGAUUUCAUCACCACAUAGAAGUGAUUCUCUGGAGGCGGUGAAAUACAGUAUCGACAAGCUCAAAGCUACAGUGCCAAUCUGGAAAAAGGAAAUAUAUGAGUCUGGAGAGCCUUGUUGGAAAGAGAACAAGGAGUGUUUGUGGGCAGAUGAUGGAAGAGAUCCCAUGGAAUGUUGAACAGUUAACUAGCAAAUGAGCUACAUAAAAUCUCAUGGUGUAAUCUAUGCAAUUCAUUAACAGCACUCAAAGCAUUAAGUAUUUUUAUUGAAAAAAAAAAAAAAAAUAGAGCUCAGUCAAAGAUUUCUUUGUAACAUUUGAAUGAAAAAUAAAGCUUGUGAUCAAACCAGUUCAGUCUGCUCUUCUCUCAAAGAACAGAAUGUAUUAAAAAGGCACCAGUGUAAAAUAGUAUGUAAACAUUUAAAAAUCUUAAGGGCUGUUCAGACGAAACGCAUUUGUUGCGCAAAAGAAAAAAAAAAAUAGACGAAACAACAAAAAGAACAGAACGCGGGUGUCUUAAGACGCAUUUUUAAGUUUCACAUUUUAAGUUUACACGGCAUCUUAAAAAUGCAGCACUCCUGAAAACAAAAAGUGUCUUGCGCAUUUUUACAUAGAAAAAAACUGCAUAAAGUGCCUUUGCUAAACCUCUGUUCCCAAAGUGUCCCAAAACACCAUCACAUCACCAUCAGUAGAAGCUAAACACUCAAUGCAUAGGUCUUAUCGACUUAUUUGAUGACACUUUAUAUUAGCAUUCAUUAAUAAGUCACUAACAAAAAAUAAUGCAGAUCAGUAGGUCAUGAUCAUUCAAAUAUAAAUAUAUAAGACAGCUAAGUUUGAUGAAAUUUCAAACUAUUUGACUGUAAUUGAGCAAAGCAUUUUAUAUAAGUAUGCUUAAAGUUUGGGCACGUGCCCAUGGACCCUAUGCAAUGCAAAGGUUUUUUUAUUUCCUUAGGCCCGUUUAAAUCUGAAAAAGUUAACAGUUCUAAUUCAAUGGUUAAGUUCCUCAGUAUCAUUUUCGGGUGAAAAGUAAUAAGCGUCACAUUGAUGGCCUGUCAUGUGUGCCCUGAUACUUUUCUCAGCGCUGGUCAGAAUGGACCACUCACAAUCGUUUAUUAUUGCAGGAUGAUGAUUUUUAAAAUUAAUUUUAUUGAAAUUGCUGGGACAUCACCCACAGGUGUGAAUCCUUGACAUUUUUUUUUUUUUACUUUAUAUUGUACCCGCGUCUCCAAUUAGACAU